GGGGCUCAAGUUGGCAGAAAAAACGGCGGUUACUUAUUUACACGACGAUCACUUUAUCUCACACGCUGGACCCGCUUCUACAAAGCACAAACUAGUUUAAUACUCUGCCCUAUUUACAAUUUUACCAUUUUGACCUCAUAAAAACAAGUGUCUUAUCGUACCGAACGAUAAGCCUUAAAUCCUUCGCUUCAAUGAUGGCACCACCGAAAGGAGGAGGAGGAGGAAGGACCACCCGGUCCACUGCGAAACGAGCAACAGUAACAACGACCACUAAUAAUAAUAAUAAUACGACGACGACAACAACAACAACGAAUGGGGUUCGAGUGAAUCAAGAGUCUUUAAGAGUGACCAGGACCACGGUGAAUGAGGCCAAAAAAACUACGCGACGACGACGUGCAGACGAAGGGAGUGUUUGCAGCAUGUCCAUGUACUCUCAGUCUGAUGUUGGCAGGAAGGAGGAUAACGUCAUAUAUUUCGUACUACCAGAAGGUCUCACCGCAGCGACGUGCAGUCCCACCUUGGCGAGGACAUAUGUGUGUGCACAAGAUGGAGAUAUAGAAUCCCAAUGGAUAACCGAGCAAGAUUGUAUUCACGUCGUCCCAAAACCUGGGAAUAUGUUUAUUGUGGGUUCGUUUGAAGGCCCGGUUUAUGAAAGACUGCUUGGAUAUAAGAAGGAAGGGCAGUGCUACCUACUGGGGCCUCAAGUUUUACUGUACCUUCUACAACAAGAUGAUGAUGAUAAAUCGCCAGAACUUGAUAUGGGUGGAUCUACGCCACUGUUCACAGUUGGUAUGAGAAACAUGCUCAUCACGCUCACAGGAUUUCCAAAGGGUCAGAAGGUUGAACAGUCGAUUAAGAUAACAAAAAUGAUGGGAAUUUGUUCAGGAAGUCUAACAAAAGGGGUCACUCAUGUCAUAGCUUAUAGUUUGAUGACUGAAAAAGUACUCACAGCGUACAAGACCAACAUACCCGUCAUGAUGCCCGAGUGGAUCGAUGCUGUUUGGCAAGACAGUCAGAAUGACCUGGUGCAUGCCGUGGAUGAGAAAUAUGUCAAGUACGCCUGUCCUAUUUUUCACAAGUUGGUCGUUUGUGUCUCUCAAGUUUUCACUAAGUUGAAAGAAGCGAUUCGGAAUGUAAUCGAAGCCAAUGGUGGAGAGUAUAGUGCUGAUUUGACAAGAGCCAAGACCUCCAUUUUAAUCAUACCCCUCGCCACUGGUGAAAAAUAUAGGUUUGCUCAAGAAUGGGGGGUCCCAUGCGCUACUCCAGAUUGGGUGGAAGCAUCAAAGUCGGCAGGUCAUAUCGUGCCCUGGCAGGAUUACCCUGUUCCUCAGCCUUUUAAAGAUCAUCCACCAACUUCGACUCCGUUUAAUUCAAUGGUGUUACCUAAGUUGCAUGUUCCUUCUAACACUGAUGACAGUGUUUUAAGUAAUAUCAACGGUCCAACUGGAAGGGACAGGGAUAGGCAUGUCGUGAGUCAGUAUGAAUACACCGAAGACAGUGUAAAACAAGCAGUCGAAUUGGUCAAAACCAUGUCAGAUCCUUUCCUAGAUGGUUGUCAGAUUUAUAUUUGCAACAAUCAAAAAUCUGAACAUGUACGGAAAUUGGUAAAUGCUGGAGCAGUACGACUUAGUAAGAUAAGCGACAGAGUCACACACAUAAUUCUUCCACCAAACAAUCAACUUAAUUCAUCCGAACUACAGCAAUUUAAAAAACUUGAUCCCAGACCAUGCUUGAUGAAAGUUCAGUGGCUAAUCGACUCUGCGAAAAAAGGGUCAGCCACAGAUGAAGAGUUGUACAGGAUAAAUAUUGACUCAAAUGGUGCUUAUGUGAUGAUGAAUCAAGUCGACAGGGUUGCAGAGUCGAUUAUUAUUAAUCAAUCGUCACAUUACCCGGCUGAACACCUGGUUGAAAACAUUCGCUGUGAAGUGUCGAGUUCUUCUGAUAAUAAUGCCGGAGUAAGUUCUCCUACCGCGAACAAUUCAUCUGACAAGAAUGGGGAUAAUCAACAACCACAAAUAAAUGUCAAUCAAGCGAAAUCCCGUUCACAUGGGUCGCCAGUAAACAAAAGUUUGAAUGUCCAAGUAGGGGAGAACGAUUUUCAAGCACGUUAUUAUGCCAAUGAAGAGAAUGAAAAUAUUGAGGACGAGAAUGGCAUGAAUCUGAACCAGGAUGAAGCGGAACAUGUAGCAGAAGGAGAGAUGAACAGUUUAAAUGAAUCGGAACCGAAACUAUUUUCUGGUCUCAAGUUUAAAGUUGAGAUGAACAAUAAUCCAAACCAGCGUAUCGAAAUUGAAAAUACCUUGACAGAUAAUGGAGGAAAGUUGUCAUCAGGCGCUGAUUAUAACUUCCUUAUUGUUCCGACACUUUAUACUGCGAAAACUGGCGAAGUACAUCUCAGAACAAGGCAAUGGGUGAACGACUGCAUCGACCAUGAUGCGAUUGUGGAUGGCGACGCAUUUUAUUUCUACAAACCACGUCAACCGUUUUCUGGAAUGGGAAGCAUUCUUGUUGGCGUUGUUGUUGCUAUCAGCCAAUACACAAACUCGGAAAAAGAAUACAUUUCCGAGCUGGUGAAUGAAAUGGGAGGAAAAUUUCAAGACAUGUUUGCAAGAAAAACUGUAAAUGCGGUGUAUCGAACAACGCAUCUGCUCUGUGCCAAAACCGACAGCGAUAAAUAUAGGGCAGCUCAAAAAUGGAAGACGCCUGUAGUUGUAGCCGAGUGGGUGGUUGAAAGCUUUGAUAAAAAAGUCAUUCUAGACAUCGGACCAUUCGAUCCACUAAAUCGAUCAGACUCUCAAUCAACUGUGAAUUAUCUCCCCCAAACUCCAGUUGUAAACUCAUCGAGAGUGCAGAAAGCACUUCAAACUGAACAGAAGAAUCGCAAAGUGAGCCAACUCCAACAAGCUGCUGCAUCCGAACGACAACACGCACCACCCACAUCACCUAAGGAAAAUGUGAAUAACCAUGUUUUCAAGACGCCGACGUCAAAACCGAGGAAGUCCACACCUGGUGAUGCCUUGAAUGAAGAAAUUCCACAGACUGAUAGCUUCAUUGAGUGGAAACUUGCAAACCCAACUUCAAUUGAGGACAUGGACAACGAUCCAGAAUUUAUGGAGUGGCGUGCUCAACAACCAAAACGUCCAACACCACCCCCAGCCCAAGAGUUAUCUCCCAUCAUCGGUGAACAUUACGGUUUAUCUCGCGCUCAGUCAAGAGGAAUGAAGGCUUUGUAUAGAGAACUUAUGAAAACCCCAUCGCCAGAUAUUGGAGUUAUUAAACUGAGACGUCGACAAUCAACGCCUUUCCGUGAUAUUAUGGCACGAGAUUUUGCCAAGCUGGCAGAACUGAUACCCAAAGCUCGUACUGCCGAGAAGAGCCAACAAGAGGACAACAAGUCAGCGACUAGCUCCAAAAGAUCUUCCACUACGUCUUCAACUACGGAUGAUGAGGAAAUACAUGUGAACCCUGCAUCGUUUCCCAAGCGUCUUCGUAUUAAUUCCAGCGAAAGCGAAUCUGAAGCACCAGGAAGUCGCAAGUGUGCAAAAACUAGUUCAAUAUCUAGCCCAGGUAGUACCAGCAAUUACCCAGCUUCUUCAGAAGAGGAUGCAACUUCAGCAGCUCAAUCUGGUUCUCGUAAAUUAUCAUCAAAAGCAGACGAUAUUGUUGAUGUUGGUGCACGAGAAGAACAGGUUUCAAGUACGAAUGCAAAUGGAAGCAAAAAUGAUCCUUCUCAGUUUAACCCUGUCGAAAAAAAUAAGGAAAUCCCUAAACCAAUCGCUGAAACUCAAGAGCACAGACCGACUGCAAAUUUACAAAAGCUUAUAACUCUUUUAGCUAAUGCAGACGACGAAGACGAGGACGAAGAAGAUGACGACGACGACGAGGAUGAGGAAGAAGAAGAGGAUGAAAAUGAAGAAACCGAUAACGGAAAAUCGCCAUCGAAAGUACACCAGCAAGUAAUUAGGGAAGAAGAUCAACCAUGUGCUGAAGAAUUAGAUGCACCUCCUGUUGUGUGGGUGGCUGAUAGUGAAGAUUUUCAUAAUGACAUGCAACAACAAGUAGGCGUCUCACCGGGAAUCGUGUCCAGCCAGGGUCGAACCCGUGAAAUUAUUUUUAAAGUUCCACCACGACCAACGUUCAGUUUGUCAGGCUUGAAUGAUAAUGAUAAGAGAUCAGUAAAACACAAGUUGGUUCGGUUGGGCGGAAAUGUUUCUGAAACAGCGAUGUUUGAGCCAUCUUCAUUUGCUGUGAUUGCAAAUACUUUGGCCAGGAGUGAAAAAGUUUUAUGUGCAAUCGCGUCUGGGAAGCCCAUUGUCACAUCAGCAUACGUGGAUGCAUGCAUGGAAGCAGACAGAUUUAUUCCGAUAACUGAAGAGUUCAUUUGGAAAGAAAGUGACGCUAAAACUGAUGCCGUAAAAGAGCUUGCCAAAUCUUCUUUCUGUUGGAUUCGUCGCAUUCUGAAGGACCCCACCGAUACUCCCUUUCACGGAGAUACAUUUUUCUUGGAAGGGAAAGCCAAUAACAAGUUUGCAGCCUUCAGCCGUCUCGUCCAGUCUGGUGGUGGUCAAAUCGUUGAAAAUAAAGAGGCUUCGACAAUGGUACUCGUCAUGGAUCAGCGAUCAGGAAUAGUAGAUGGUCGUCGUAUCGAAAACGUCGCAUAUUUAAGUGACCAAAUUAUCAAUCCCCUCCGAUGAGCCAAAUCUUAAUCUUUAUAGACUGAUUUCUCGUAACUUAACUGGUAGUUAAUGUAUUUUUAUACUUUAAGCAGAAACUACUUUUAAAUAGGGGCUAAUCUGAUCAGUACGUCUGUAAAAUAUAUGCCUUUUAUUUUGUCAAGCUAACGUAGAUAAAAUAAUUUUUGCUGCAUUUUGUCAGCCGUAUUAAACUUUACUCGUUCGCAUUUUGUAGCUUAAAAAUUGAUAAAGCAAUGUCUCAAUGUCAUGACCAGAAAUGCUCCUACUAAAUUUUACACAAUUGAAUAAAAAUGAAACUCUUACGUAUUUAAAUUGACAA